UUGGUUUAUUACUUCUAUAAUACUUCAGUAUAUCACUUAGAACUCUAAAGAAGCCCAUUGUUGAGUCAUUGAUUGACGAAUUAAUAUUUUCUAAGUAUCAAAUACGAACUACUAGGAUAAUACUUUGCUAAAUCUUAUCUUAGAUAAUUACUUCUUGAAAUAAUCUAUUGUCAAAGUAAAUAUAUGGUUAAAAAUUUGAUUUAUUUACCAGACUUUUUAGAGCUAAUUUAGUAGAUUAUCAAAAGACUGAUAAAAUAGCUGACGUAGUUUUUGAAAUAACCGAUUCAAGUAUUUUAACUGAACUAAAAAUACAAACGUACUCAGGAUUGCCCAUCACUACUUCAAAUACACAUAAUUUAUUAUCAACUGAUUGUAAAAUCAUUAAUAUAACUGAGCUAUAAUUAAAUGAUUCAUAUCCCAGAGACGUUUGAAAGCUGGUAACGAUGUAUAAAAUUAUAAAACAGAGUGUAACUUUAUGGUUAGAAUUAAAAAUGACAGUUUAAGUAAUAUUCCGGAAAUGUUAGAUCUUUGAAUGAAAUGGUAAUAAAAAGUGUAUUAAUAUCGAUGUAGGAGCAGAGAAAGAAGCAGGAGCUAAUGCUCUCCGGGUUCAAUGCUCCUAUAUGUGUGGUAUAGAAGCCGUUGCAUGUGCAAGUCGUGUGCUUGCAGUCACGGCAGUAGUUGGAACGUCGACAGACUUGGUACCGCAGUUACUUGGGAUGUUUGAUGAGUUAGCGCGAAAGGCUGAGAGUAACCACGGGGAGCAAAUACCAGCAGCGAUUCAAAAACGCUUGAGUCUGGUAGCACAUUCUCAGCGCAACUCCAUAUUCGGUCACAUCUGUGCCAACUCGCAACGUGAACUACCAACGAUGCAAGAGCAACAACGAAUCCAGUCUGCAGACGCCACAGUCGAGCCAGCAGCUUGCAGUCGUGUGGAAAUAACUGUUUGUAAUGCUGAAAGAGACAACGAGAGUACACCAGUAGGGUCUACUAAUGAUGACAAGCCGAUGUAUUGCUGUGAGAUGACCACUGGAUUGAUGCCGGAGUAUGGUAGAAGACGUAAACACCUCGAUAGACCCCUCUCUGGCAGCUCAAUUGCUUCAAGCACGUCCUCAAGUGGAUGCAGUAAUCAAGGAAACGCUUGUUCCGCUAAUCCGUAUUUGGCAUCUGUCGAGUCACUGGCCGAUACCUGUGCCAGCUCCCAAGGGUCAGGUGAUAGUGGAGUCAUGACGACAUCAGGAGUCAGCUGCAGAGCUGAAAAUGGAGAGAAUGAAGAAAGAAAUAGUAGUGCUAAAGGUUCACCACUUUUAUAUCAUCGUGCACGAUAUUACGAUCCACAACGUAACCCUGUUGAAAGAGUUUUAUUGGAGAUUGUAGACACUGAGGCUGUUUAUGUUGAACAUCUUCGACAAGUAAUUGAAGGCUAUCUGAUAUUUUGGCGUGAUGAACCAGCUUGUCUAGUACAGCAAUUGCAACUUAAUCAUUUAUUCAGUAACAUUGAAGAUAUAUUUAGGUUUAAUGGAGAGUUUCUCAAGGAAAUCGAGGCCUGUGGUUUAGAUCCCGUAAGCGUUGCGCACACAUUUACGAAACAUAAUGCGGGUUUCAAGGUUUACACUGAAUACUGUACGAAUUAUCCAAGAACAGUGUCGGUAUUGACCGAUUUAAUGAGUCGUGAAGAUACAGCUAAAGCUUUUCGCGAAAGACAAGCAGCAUUAGGUCACGCAUUACCACUUGGAUCGUUUCUUUUGAAACCGGUACAAAGAAUUUUAAAGUAUCACUUACUCUUGGAAAAUUUAUCCAAGGAAUAUGAAGCCGAUGAGAAGAGAAAGGAUAUGAAAGAUGAUAGAAAUGCCAUUGAGGAAGCGUUAGCUGCUAUGACUGGAAUUGCUAAACAUAUAAAUGCCAUGAAACGUCGUCACGAGCACGCGGUUCGUGUACAGGAAAUUCAAUCAUUAUUAUACGGAUGGCCCGGGCCUGAUCUCACUACCAGCGGGGAGCUGAUUGCCGAAGGAAGAUUCAGGAUGCGAGGAGCUAAAGCACCCAGACAUGCCUUUCUCUUUGAACGAAUGCUACUGCUGACUAAAAAGAAAGAGGAUGGAUUGCUUGUUUAUAAAGCUCACAUUAUGUGUUCAAACUUGAUGCUAAUCGAAAGUAUCCCGGGAGAACCAUGCAGUUUCCACGUCAUACCUUUUGACAAUCCACGACUGCAGUACACAUUGCAGGCUCGCAACUUGGAACAGAAAAGGGAGUGGACAUUGCAAAUUAAACGAGUAAUGCUGGAGAAUUAUAAUGCAGUUAUUCCAAUUCACGCCAGACAGUUAGUACUUCAGUUGGGUCAAACCCAACACGACGAAGAUGGCAAUAAUGAUCGAGGAUCAGCCAAGAAAUUGUAUUCUGCUCCACCAGAAUAUUUAAAGAGACGUAAAGUGGAAAAAGAACGAAGACGAUCCGAAGCAGGAUUAAGACAAAAGAAGAAAUUUAGUAAAAUGGAUAAUUCAGCAUUAUUAACUGUAGAAAAUUCACCACCAUCAUCAAGAAAAAGGCAAUCAGCCGAGAAUUCAAGAAACAGCAGUCGAGAUCCAAGUCUUAAUCGAUCGUUAGAUAGUGGACGUGCAUCCAAAGUAAAAGAUCGUUUCACUAAUUGGCGUCGAAAAUCUGAACCAGGCUUCCAGUCUUACGUAUCAUUUAAUCAGUCAGACGAUGAAGAAAAAAGUGAAACCAUUUCGCAAUCAGAAUCAGCUACACAAGGGGAAGUAAUAAACGUCAAUUCAACAAAUGAAAAUGAUAAUUCAAACGAGUCACAAAGUACAUUAGCAAGUAAAAGUUUAACGGUAGCGAAUACCAAAGAUGUUAAUGAACAGAAAACUCAGGUACGAACCGUUGAAGAAAUAGUUGGGCACAUUCUCAUGCAAAAUCAAGAAUUCCAAAGAUUAUUGGAGAAGCAAAGAACAAAUAGUUUAGCUAAUGUUAGACAACAACGUUUUAAAAAACAUCAGAGAUCCGUUGACACAUCUGAUGACAGUGAUAAUGGUGAACAAAAUUAUUCAACAGACUUUGGAACUAGUGUCAAUAACAAUAAUAAUAUGCAUAAUAAUAGUAAUAGUAAUAAUAUAGGUAAAAGUAAUCGGCCAAUACGGAAUAUCCGCCGUGAACAUCGAUUUUUGAGAUCUAAUAAUGCAUGGAAUAGUCUUUCACCUCCAUUGUCCCGUGAAAAUCAAUCGAAUUUACAAUUACAAUAUAACAAUCUUCAUACUGAUAGUGAAAAAUCGGAUAUUAUUUCUAAAAAUAAAGUUAAUCGAGUUCAUGAAAAAAAAGCUGUAUUUGAGGCAUUUAAAAGACAGAGUAUUGUGACUGAAAGUAAAAUAAUUAGAACGGCUUUACGUAUGAGAGAAAAUUCGGGAGGUGAAGAGAAAAUGAAUGAUACUACUGAUGAAAAAGUUGAGGAAUUCAAUAAUGACGAAGAUAAAAAUAAAACGAAAGUAAAUCUCACUGCAAAUGAAAGUUCAGAAAGCAAUUUCGGCAAUUACGAUAACUUGCAACAUAUUUGGAGUGAUUUAAACACGGAAAAUCGAUCAAGAACUGGCAAUCAUGACAGUCCAACACGCCCAGCUAUUUGGUUAACGAAACUUUGUGAAGGCUUGCCAACAUCACCACUUAAAAGUGGUUCAUUACCUCGAAGUUUUCAAAUCAGUCCAAAUCCUCCACAAGGUAUUACUAAAGCUAGAUUCCUGCAGAGAGACGGAAAGCCUCUAAGUGAAAGACCAUUCACGAUUGCAUCAGAUAAACCGGCUGAAAUAAAUCUAGAAGAUAUGGAGAGAUAUGCAUCUUCUUAUCAGCCUGAAGAAAAAAUAGCUAAAUUUCCAAUCUCAGUUUCUUCAACAUCCUCAUCAUUUUUUUGCUCUAUUGACGAUAAUUUAACUGAUGUAGAUUCGGAUGUUCAUUCAACAAAUAUUCAUCCUGAUCAUAAAAUUUAUCGAGCAAAUAUCAGCGGAAGCACAAUGUUGAAAAACGUUCUAUCGAAAGCCGGAAGUCGAUUACAAGGACUUCGGUCAACAGCUAGUGCUGAAACUCUCGAAUGUACUGAUUUCGAUAAAAAACCUUUAUCAUCACCAUCAAAUAAAAAUAAUACAAAAUUUAAAAAGAAAAAAUUUAAAUCAAGAUUGUCGUCAAGAGAAUCAUUCACGGACAUUGAUGAGCCAACUGUUGGAUGCUUGUCUAGCCAUAAUUCUUUCCUUGAGAGUUCAUCUCUAUAUUAUAAACAAGGAAGUUCCGGGCUCGGUGCAAGAAUUGCACAAGCGGAUUAUGCAGACCCGUCAGUUCUUUUCUUCGAUACUAAACGAUCAGAGUCUAAUAAUGCUGACAAUGUAUCCUCAUCGCUUGUGAAUUCUGUUUCAAAUCUAAAAAUAGAAACGAAUCAAGAUGAGACAUCUAGUGAUAAACAAAGACUUCUUAGUGAUGGUGAAAAUUUUUAUGAAAAAUGUUUCGAAUCAAUUGAGAAUUAUGUUGAUGAGACUGACGAUGCUUUCAGGGAUAGUGCAAUAUUUAGCGAUGUUGAAGAAAUUACUUUAUCACAAUUUUCAUCAAACAUAUGUAAUAAUGAUACUGGUAACAGUAGUAGUAAUAAUAUUAAAAAUGAUAUGUCAAGUGCUUUCAUCAAACAAAAAGUGGCACCUCCAGUUCCUAUGAAGCGUAAAAUUAAAAAUGAAAAUUAUACGUCUGAUAGGAUAAAAGGUGAACGACUUGAGAAUUCUAAACCUGAUACACCACCGAAACCAGAAAAAUUAAUUUUGCGUACAAAAAUAAUAAAUGACAACAAUGAUGAACAAAAUCCAAGCUUUAAAACUUCAGUAUCAAAAGAAAUAUCUAACAAAUCGAUGUACUCUACAGCGGUCAAGCCAUUAAAAAUAAAAAAUAGUAUUGAAGAUGAUAAGAAUGAUAUAUCGGCAGGACAGAGUCAAGCAGGAUGGGUUAAAAGAAUGGUUGGUCAAUUACAGGCUCAAAUUGAAACCUUAUAAUAAAAAUAGAAUAAUUUUGUAAACGAAUUCAUUACUGAUAGUACAUAUCAGUAUUUUCCGCCAAUAAUUUAAGCAAUAAUUUUUUUUAUAUUGAACAAAUUAGGGAAAUGAAAGUCAACUUUUUGCCAUAAAGUACAAUUACGUUAGUAUACGAAAGAAAUUAGUAUUCAUAUCUCAGAAAAGUGGCAAUAAAAAACAUUUUCACAUAUUUAAUUAAAUGUGAAAUAAUUGUGAGCAUUAAUAAUGCAUGAAAACUAAAUUUAUUUAGCUAUACAUAAAGUAUAUUAUUACUUUAUAAUGAUACAUUAUUAGAUAAAUGAUAGAAAGAAAAUUUUUAUACUCUAAUUACGAAAUAAGCAUAUGGAAAAUAUUGCUUAAAGUGUCAUGAUUAAACAAAUUAUUUAGUUUAUAUUUUGAGAUACGUUUUUAUUAAGAGAACUUUUCUAUUUACAAUAAAAUUUUGGCUAGUCGUGUGUGUACAUAUAAGUAAAUAAAUAGUAGGCUAUUAUUAUCAUUGAUAAUAAUAUUUCAUAAUAAUUCUAAUGAUAAUAAAUUAUUUUUCGCAAUACUGUAUUUAUACAAAUAUCCUACGAUAAAAAUUAUUGUUCGGCAAAAUGAAACAAUGUU